AUGUGUGGCAUCUUUGCUUGUCACUGUCACCCUGAGGUGCAGAAGUUCAAGCCGACGGCUCUGCGACUUGCAAAGCAAAUCCGGCACAGAGGCCCCGACUGGAGUGGAAGCGUCAUCUCCAACAACACAAUCUUGUGCCAUGAGCGUCUCAGCAUCGUUGGUGUUGGUAGGUUCACAACCGACUUUUGCCUUACUUUACCCGCAUCAGCUCACACGACACCAGAGUCUGGCGCCCAGCCGCUCACCAAUGCCGACGAGAGCAUUGUGCUCGCCGUCAACGGCGAGAUCUACAACCACAGACUGAUCCGCAAGAACUUGAAGACUCCUUACCACUUCAAGACGACGUCGGAUUGCGAGGUCAUCAUCCCCCUGUACAUGGAGUACGGCCUCGACGCUCCCAAGUACCUGGACGGCAUGUUCUCGUUCGUGCUGUACGACAAGAAGCUCGACCGGACGAUCGCGGCCCGCGACCCCAUCGGCAUCACCACAUUCUACCAAGGAUGGUCCUCCAAGGAGAACAACGCUGUCUACUUCGCCUCGGAGCUGAAGUGCCUGCACUCCGUCUGCGACAAGAUCCGCGCAUUCCCUCCCGGCCAUGUCUACGACUCCAAGACUGGCGAGACCCACCGAUACUUCCAGCCGUCGUGGUGGGAAGGUUCCAAGAUCCCCGAGACCCCUCUCGACCUCACGCUCAUCCGCGAGUCCCUGGAGAAGUCGGUAAGGAAACGGCUCAUGGCUGAGGUGCCGUACGGUGUCCUGCUCUCUGGUGGUCUGGACUCCAGUCUGGUCGCCUCCAUCGCCCAGCGGGAAACCCUGCGGAUGAAGGCCCUGGCCAUUGCUGCCAACGGCAACGCCGACAACAUCACCGAGGACCCUGACAAGGGCGAAGGGCUGGUCGGUAUCGAUGACGAUAACACUCUGUCCACCGUCACCUACCUGCCGCAACUGAACUCCUUCUCGAUCGGUCUGCCGGGCUCGCCCGACAACGAGGCUGCCCUCAAGGUUGCCAAGUUCUUGGGAACCAAGCACCACGUCAUGACCUUCACCAUCGAGGAUGGUCUCAACGCCCUUUCGGACGUGAUCUACCACCUUGAGACUUACGAUGUUACCACCAUCCGCGCCUCGACACCCAUGUACCUGCUCUCGAGAAAGAUCAAGGCCAUGGGCAUCAAGAUGGUGCUCAGUGGAGAGGGUAGUGACGAGAUCUUUGGCGGAUACCUGUACUUCCAUGCCGCUCCGGAUAAGAAGGAGUUCCACGAGGAGACCGUCCGCCGUGUCAAGAACCUGCACCUUGCAGACUGCCUGCGUGCCAACAAGUCAACAUCGGCCUGGGGUCUUGAGGCCCGUGUGCCUUUCCUCGACAAGGAGUUCCUUGAGGCAUGCAUGAACAUCGACCCGGCGGAGAAGAUGAUCACCCAGGAGCGUAUCGAGAAGUACAUCCUGCGCAAGGCCUUUGACACGUCGGACGACCCGGCUGCGCAGCCCUACCUGCCGGACGACAUCCUCUGGAGACAGAAGGAGCAGUUCUCGGACGGUGUUGGGUACGGCUGGAUCGAUGCGCUCAAGGACAACGCCGAGGCGCACGUCACGGACGAGAUGAUGAAGAACCCCAAGCCCGAGUGGGGCACCGACAUCCCGGAUACCAAGGAGGCAUACUGGUACCGCACCAUGUUUGACGAGCACUUCCCCCCGCACUGCGCCGGUACCGUGGAGAGAUGGACGCCGACAUGGUCCAAGCAGACAGACCCGAGUGGCCGCGCGAUUGCGACCCACAACCAGAAGUAUAAGACAGCUGUCUAA